AUGAGGAUGGAGUUGACUUUAACCGAACAAGAUGCCGCUCAUUGGGUUUACAGAGGUGAAGGUGCUGCUAAUAUUGUUGUCUCAUACACUGGUUCUUCUCCUUCUUACAUUGGGAAAGUGAUGCGCAUUCGCAAGUCUCCAAGGAAGGCAUCAGCAUUACCGGGAGUGAGGAAUACCAUAGCUCUGUCUCCGCAUGAACGCCUCAUAUGGAAAGAAGUACAUGAACUUAUUUCCUCUUCAGAUAAGGAAAUUGCUGGUCAACUAUAUGUCGAUCAUGUAAUGAAGCCUUUGCUUGGAUCCAAAUAUGUUGAUGCUGGGUCUCACAUUCUAGUGACCAAAGAAUUCCUAAUGACUGUUGAGAAGAAUGUUGAUAGUCAGCGUCCUGCUUCGCGAGUUGAUGUUUCCCAGGUUAAAAUGGCUGUACAAUACAUGCGGCGGGUUAUUGAGAAGAAGGCAAAGUUUGAUAUCAUGAAACUGAACUGUGUUCUGGUUGCACCGAAGACAUUCAUUCCUGUUUUAUUUGGACAUGCAAGUGAUGACAAAUUCAUUCAGCCACACCACUCCGAUCUCAUCUCUGAAUCCUACGCGGGUGAUAAAAAUAUCAUAAAAUUUGAUGGCGACCACAACUCUUCUCGGCCACAAUUCUUUUAUGAUUCAGUUUCCAUUUUCUUCUACAAUGUCCUCCGUCCUCCUCAAGUUUCUAUUGCUGAAAAGCUCGAGAAAUAUUAUGAUUUGGGGGAUUUGAAACUCGGUUCCGGUGUGGAUGAGAGCGUAUUAUAUGAGAUACUCUCUAGUCUACGGUCUGCACCUACUGAUGCUGCAAGUUCAUCUUCUGCAUUUCCAACAAUAUCUGAAACAAAUUCAGUUACCGAACUUCUUUCGGAAGCAGCUCCACUGGCUGAUGCAGAGCCUUUGUUUGAAGAAGAUACGAGAGACAAAAAUGAUGAAGCCGCAAAUGUGCAGGUCAUCUUUAUAUAA